AAAAAAAAAAAAAAAUUUAUAAUUUUUUUAGUAAUUUCAAAACCUUUAAUAAAAUAUGUUUCUUAAACGAACAAUAACGAAAAAUGUGAAUAUUAUGCAGCUUUUUAAGCCAAAAUAUGCUUGCAUACAUGCUUUGACUCGAAAUACAGAACAAUCAUCACCAGAAUAUUCUACAAUUAAUGAAUCCGAAGUUUCAAAAUUUAGUCAAAUAGCUAAUGAAUGGUGGUCUCCAAAUGGACCCGUAAAAUUACUUCAUACCAUGAACCCGUUAAGAAUAUCAUACAUUCGUGAACAAUUAAAAAACAAAAAGAUCGGAGAUGAGGUGUCAUCAUCUUCGUAUCACCAUCAUCAUCCAUUUCGUGGAUUAAGAAUGUUAGAUAUAGGAUGUGGCGGUGGUGUUCUAACUGAGGCAUUAGUGAGAUUAGGUGGUUCGGUUAUUGGAGUAGACGCGUCAGAUGAAAAUAUUAAGAUUGCUAAAUUACAUGCGAAAAAAGAUCCAAUUUUACAUGGAAAUUUAGAAUAUCAAUGUAUUACAGCUGAAAAGUUAUUAAAACAAGGAGAAACAUUCGAUGUUGUUUGUGCGAUGGAAAUUAUUGAACAUGUGAAUAAUCCAGUAGAAUUUCUUAAAGCUUGUGCAGGAUUAGUGAAGCCUGGAGGUGGAUAUUUAUUCCUUUCAACAAUUUCUCGUACACCAUUAUCAUAUAUAUUGACUAUAUUAUUAGCAGAAAAUACUUUUAAAAUAGUGCCACAAGGAACACAUGAUUUCCAAAAAUAUUUAAGACCUGAUGAAUUACAAAAAAUCAUCGAAAAUAUAAAAAAUGAUGAUAAAUGGGGUAAAGUAAUAGAUAUAACGGGAAUAGGACUUAAUCCCAUAACCAGUAAAUGGUGUAAAUUACCAGAUUGGAUACCAGGUAAAUUUGAUGUAAAUUAUUUUUUAACUGCGCAGAGAAUCUGAUCAAGGUAAGUGUGUAUGGGAAAAUACGGGUAAAUCGUCUGAAAAAAGGAUGUUGUACGAGAUCAUUUGCUUUUUAACUAUAAUUUUUUUAAUUUUAACUAAAUUUGGUCAAAAAAUUAAAUUAUUAUAAAUAUUUAUAAUUAUUAUUAUUAUCAUUAUCAUUAUUAUUUUUAUUUUUAUUUUUUUUUUUGUUAUCAAGAUAACAAAUAUUAUAA